AUGCAGUUGCAGCGCAGAAAAAUAAACAAGGAGAGCUUUGCAAGAUCGGUGCUCAUACGACACUGCAUGGCCACACCUUUACAGCAAGUGGGUUUACAAGUUUGGAGAGGAGCUCUGCUAAUGUGUGAUUUUAUACUUCAUCAUGUUCAGCUAUUUCGAGAAUGUUAUUGUUUAGAAUUAGGAGCAGGUGUUGGCCUAGCGAGUCUAAUAGUAGCGCCCUAUGCAAAACGCGUUUAUGCAACUGAUAUUGGUGACGAUAUUCUAAAAAAUUGCUACCUCAAUCUUAACUACAAUGAACAUUUACUGACCAAUAGAUCAAUUUAUGAUAUCAUUCGAGUUCGAGAAUUAAAUUGGCUAGAUGGUAUACCGAAACUAGAUUCUAAUAGCGCAGCCAGUACAAUAAACGGUCAAUUUUCAUGGCUAAAGGAUGAUCUUCUCGAAUUGUAUGAUUGUGUCGAUACGAUAAUCGCGUGCGAUGUUAUUUAUGAUGAUAACCAAACAAGUGCAUUAUUAACAUUAAUCAAAGAUAUACUAACGCUAAGGAAUCCGAAAAAUAGUAGAAAAACUGUUUAUGUAGCUAUGGAAAAAAGAAUUAAUUUUACUUUAAUAGAUUUAGAGGAAACUGCACCAGCUUAUAAUCAUUUCCUCAGCAGCUUGGAUGAGCUGAUAGUAAAGAAUGACUGCAAGCUUACUGCUCAACGAAUUGAUAUCAGUUUCCCACAAUACUUUCAAUAUGAACGCGUAAAGCAAUUAGAGUUAUGGAAAUUGACUGCUGGCCUGGAAUAG